AUGUUUGUCUUACCGCCCCCACCGCGCUACCCAAGUGGGAAUCUGUAUACAGGCUACCCUCCGGGAACCAUCAUCGAGACUAACAACACUCUCUCCAACCAUACUGGCCCCGACUACCAGCUGCUCGUUGGCGAGGGUACCUAUGUUCAGCGCGACGAGCUCCUACUAGCUACGCCUCCGCCUCACCCCUCGGACAAUCCCGUGCCCAACAGCAACCCACUCGCUACCACCAUCGCUCCCCCAACUCAAGGCACUAGACUCUCGCUGUGCAUAGUCGCUCCCAAGAAGCUACCCGAUAACUCUCUUGCCCGUACUGUCACUGCCAACAGUCAGCGCUCUGCUGCUCAACCCACUGCUCAGGACUACCCUCUCACUCCCACCACCGACUCGGCCUCCUUCUUCAACUCGUCUACCGCUCCUGUCUUUGGAGACAACAAUCCUGCCCUUGCUCCUAUCCCCAACAAGGACUCCAAGGACCCCUCAAAGAGGCGCAAGCCCAAGAACAACAUCGUCAAGAGCAACUCGUCAUUUGUGUCCAGGGUCAUCCCCCAUGAAGCUCUCCAGAAGCGCCUCCAAGAGCGCAACCCCUCGGGCACCUUUGCUUUCUCCAAUAUCAACAGAGCCCUCCAAUGGCUAGAUCUCUCCUCUGACGUGAAGACUGAGAAUCUCACCAAAAUCUUGUUCACAAAAGCUCAUGCCCUGUGUCACCACGUAAACCCUUUCACCAAAAGCACCACCCACCUGGAUGUCAUCUUAGGCUUCUCCUCCUCCGACAUUAUCUGGUACGAGCCUGUUUCUCAGAAGUAUGCCCGUAUCAAUAAAAAUGGUGUCAUCAAUUCCUCUGCCGUCUCCUCUAUCUGGUGGUUGCCAAACAGUGAAAAUCUCUUCUUGGCCGCUCAUAUGGAUGGUACCUUGGUCGUCUAUGACAAGGAAAAGGAAGAUGCUCCCUUUGUUCCAGAGCAAGAAGCAUCCGACUAUGCUGAUGGUCAAUCUGGUCCGGCAUCUUUUGUCAUCAAAAAGUCUGUUCAGUCGCGUAAUCAAAAGACCAAUCCCGUCGCUGUGUGGAAAAUCAACAAUCAGCAAAUAAACUGUAUAUCCUUCUCCCCCGAUGGCAGACAUCUUGCUGUUGUAUCAGAAGAUGGUUCUCUGCGUAUCAUCGACUUCCUCAAGGAACAGCUACUGGACGCCUUUACCUCGUACUACGGCGGUUUGAUCACUGUGACCUGGUCGCCCGAUGGCCGAUACAUCCUAACCGGCGGCCAGGAUGAUAUUGUUAGCAUCUGGUCGUUUGCAGAUGCUACACUCGUGGCGCGCUGUCAGGGACACAGUAGCUGGGUCACAGAUGUGAAGUUCGAUCCUUGGAGGUGCGACGAGCGCAACUAUCGAUUCGGUAGUGUUGGCGAAGAUUGCAAGCUCUUACUCUGGGACUUUUCCGUUGGCAUGCUCGGCCGGCCGAGAGCAAUGUCGAUCAAACACAGAGGCAGUGUGACUUCUAAUGCGAUCACUCGGAAAGAGACCAAUUCCACUGUUGGUCGUAUCAGAUCGCAUUCGACCAUUUCCGAGAGUGCAGGAGGCGCCGCAAAUGGUGUAGACGUGGUUCACGGCUUCAGGACCAAAGCAAGCACAGCCAUUCUCCCACCCGUCAUGUCGAAAAAGAUAGACGACCAUCCGUUGAGCUGGCUCGAGUUUCAGGAGGACUGUAUCAUGACAGCGUGCAAAGAUGGUCAUAUCCAUACUUGGGAUAGGCCCAAGGAAGGAACCGGAGAGAACGGACACAAGUCCUACGAUGCCGACAACAGCGUUAUUUAA